CCUCUACUCCAAGUAUUAAGGAUUCUUUGUAAACAUUUAAGAACCCACUUUCCUCUCUAGAACUACAAUUUCGGUCGUCCUUACAGAGAGAUAGUAGAAAAUUGAAAAACAGAACAAAUUCUUACUUAAAAUUAAGCUUAGUCUGUGUUAUAAUUUCAAAUUUUGAUUGUUGAAUAAGAGAGUUUAGAGAGAGAAUGAAGGGUUCAUCAGAUACGAAGCUUCUGCAAGAUUUUUUGUUAUACGCUGCGAGCGCUGCGUUGAGUUGCUUGGUAUUGUUCACGGGGUUUCAAUAUCUCGACCCUAACCGUGAGACAUCGAAGAAGGCUCUUGAGCAUAAGAAAGCUAUUGCAAAACGUCUAGGUCGACCCCUCAUUCAAACAAACCCUUAUGAGGAUGUAAUAGCUGGUGAUGUUAUAAAUCCUGACCAGAUUGAUGUGGAGUUUGACUCCAUUGGGGGACUGGAAUCUAUUAAAGAAGCUUUGUUUGAGCUUGUUAUUCUUCCGCUAAAACGACCUGACUUGUUUUCGCAUGGCAAACUCCUUGGACCACAAAAAGGGGCUCUGUUGUAUGGACCCCCUGGUACUGGGAAAACCAUGCUUGCCAAAGCUAUUGCUAAGGAAUCUGGAGCAGUUUUCAUUAAUGUAAGGAUAUCCAAUUUGAUGAGCAAAUGGUUCGGAGAUGCCCAAAAGCUUGUGUGUGCUGUAUUUAGCUUGGCUUAUAAGCUUCAGCCUGCCAUCAUAUUCAUUGAUGAAGUAGACAGUUUUUUGGGUCAACGUCGUACGUCAGAUCACGAGGCUUUGUUAAAUAUGAAAACCGAGUUCAUGGCUCUAUGGGAUGGAUUCACAACUGACCAGAAUGCCCAGGUUAUGGUACUUGCAGCAACUAAUCGACCUUCAGAACUUGAUGAAGCAAUUCUUCGGCGUUUUCCUCAAGCCUUUGAAAUUGGAAUUCCGGACCAGAGGGAGAGGGCUGAGAUAUUGAAGGUUAUCUUAAAGGGUGAGAGAGUUGAAGAUAACAUAGACUUUGAUUAUAUAGCUAGCUCAUGUGAGGGUUACACUGGUUCAGACCUAUUUGAUAUUUGCAAGAAAGCCGCCUAUUAUCCUAUUAGAGAACUGCUGAAUGACGAGAAGAAAGGGAAACAAUCUCCUGCACCUAGACCUUUAUCACAGUUCGAUUUGGAGAAGGCGCUUUCCACUUCACGGAAGACAUCGGUUGCUGCAAGCGAAUACGGUGGAUUGAAUCUACAGUCAUCAUCAAGAUGGACGACGUGUCCUGGUGAGUCAGGUGAUUAUCAGGUUCAAGCUGCAAUCAAUGAAUUCUCUAAGCUUAUGCUUUCUCGUAUGAUUAAUCUCCAAUCAGAUUCCCAGGAUUCUUAAAAUUUUGAAUUUUUCUAGAGCAUUCUUCUACUGUCAUUUAGCCCAGUCCCGAUUGCAACGACAAUUACUUUCUUAGUUAUACUAGUUCUAGAACAUAUAUUAUUUAUUAUAAUAUUAUAUACACUGUUUAUAAAAGUGCCAAGGGUGGGUAUUGCAUUUUGUUCAGUAUUUGAUGCCUCAAUCCUUCUUGUAGCUCGUAUUACUCCCUCUAUGCCAAACUUUAUUUCUGAUUACUGGUUGGCAAUGCAUGUAGAUAUUUUUGUUGUUCCACCCUACUUUUGAUAUUUGUAUCAUGAUAUAAAUGGCAUAAAAUUGUAGCUAA